GAUGAAUCAACAGGAGAGAUCACCUUCUACAUGAAGGGGGCUGAUGUGGUGAUGGCUGGGAUCGUGCAGUACAACGACUGGCUGGAAGAGGAGUGUGGUAACAUGGCUCGGGAAGGCCUGAGGGUUCUUGUCGUAGCCAAGAAGUCUCUGACGGAAGAGCAGUAUCAAGACUUUGAAGCACGCUACAUCCAGGCGAAGCUAAGCGUGCACGACCGCUCCCUGAAGGUAGCCACAGUCAUCGAGAGCCUAGAAAUGGAGAUGGAGCUGCUGUGUCUCACCGGCGUGGAGGAUCAGCUGCAGACAGAUGUCAGACCCACUCUGGAGACGCUGCGAAACGCUGGCAUUAAGGUGUGGAUGCUGACAGGGGAUAAGUUAGAGACAGCCACGUGUACAGCCAAGAACGCACAUUUGGUGACACGGACACAGGACAUCCAUAUAUUCAGACUAGUGACUAACCGUGGAGAAGCCCAUCUAGAGCUGAACGCCUUCCGCCGGAAACACGACUGCGCUCUUGUUAUUUCUGGCGACUCGCUGGAGGUGUGUCUGAAAUACUAUGAGUAUGAGUUCAUGGAGCUGGCCUGCCAGUGCCCUGCCGUUGUGUGCUGCAGAUGUGCUCCGACACAGAAGGCCCAAAUCGUGCGAUUGCUCCAAGAAAGGACCGGCAAACUCACCUGUGCAGUAGGUGAUGGAGGCAAUGAUGUUAGCAUGAUUCAGGAGGCUGACUGUGGUGUUGGAGUUGAAGGAAAGGAAGGAAAACAGGCAUCACUUGCAGCAGAUUUCUCUAUCACUCAGUUUAAACAUUUGGGUCGUUUACUAAUGGUGCACGGAAGGAACAGUUACAAACGGUCUGCAGCUCUCAGUCAGUUUGUAAUCCACAGGAGCUUGUGCAUCAGUACAAUGCAGGCUGUUUUCUCAUCAGUAUUUUACUUUGCUUCAGUUCCUCUCUACCAAGGCUUUCUCAUCAUUGGGUACUCCACAAUUUACACAAUGUUUCCAGUGUUUUCUCUAGUCCUGGACAAGGAUGUUAAAUCUGAAGUUGCAAUGUUGUACCCGGAGCUCUACAAAGAUCUUCUUAAGGGACGACCAUUAUCAUACAAAACAUUUUUAAUAUGGGUCUUAAUAAGCAUCUAUCAAGGUAGCAUCAUCAUGUAUGGAGCACUCCUCCUCUUUGAAUCUGAAUUUGUCCACAUUGUCGCCAUUUCCUUCACGUCCUUGAUUCUUACUGAGUUAUUGAUGGUGGCGUUGACGAUCCAGACGUGGCACUGGCUCAUGAUAGUAGCUGAGCUGCUUAGUCUCUCCUGCUACAUAGCUUCUCUGGUCUUCUUACAUGAGUUUAUUGAUGUUUACUUCAUUGCAACUUUGUCGUUCUUGUGGAAAGUCACUGUCAUCACUCUGGUGAGCUGCCUUCCUCUCUACGUCCUGAAGUACCUGAGACGAAGGUUUUCUCCCCCAAGCUAUUCAAAGCUCACGUCCUAG